AAAAUAGACGAGGAUUAUGACUUUGUGGCUGUGGUAACUAGUGGCACUCAUUUGGCUGCAGAUACAGAAAGUGAAAAUUGCCUAGACUAUAUUUUUCUUCACUUAUUUUCACCAGUCAAAUAAGAGAUGGAACUGACGCAUCCGACUUUUUAAUGAAUCAACGAAAUGUUAAAUUGUGUGUACGGCGUUAAUGAGGCAAUUAUCGGGCUAUUGUUCAAGGUAGGAAUAGUGCUGCAUUCAUGUGCUAGUUGGAAAUAGGAAACUCGGAAAUGUUCGACUUGCUACACUGGUUGUAAUUAACGUGACAUAGGUCAGGUCAUGCAUCACUGCAGCAGACUAGGGACUCGUUUUUUAUAUAAACGUCGUGCUUUCCUGGAACAUUUAUUUUAAACAUAAGAGAAACACUUUCAGUUUCAAUAUCAUAACCGAUCUCUUUUGCCUUCCAAACGCGGACCAGACUGAACAGCCGCACUGCACAGCGUCGCGGAGGGUUUCUAUAGGACAGCAUCAUGGCAGGCCAGACAGUAUCCAUGAAGGAACCAGUAUGUCUGAUUGAGAACGACAGUGAUGGGAAGCUGCGUGUGGUCCGCAGUGCACUGGACAUCCUGGACCAGAUUGACCAGCAUGUGGUAGUGGUGGCGGUGGUCGGGCUGUACCGCACCGGCAAGUCCUACCUCAUGAACAAGCUGGCUGGGGAGAGGAAAGGUUUUGCCCUUGGAGCCACCAUCCAGUCCAAAACUAAGGGCAUCUGGAUGUGGUGUGUGCCUCAUCCUGAAAAAAGAGACCACACCCUGGUGCUGCUGGAUACAGAGGGGCUGGGGGAUGUGGAGAAGGGUGAUGAGAAGAAUGACAACUGGAUCUUUUCCCUGGCUGUCCUGCUCAGCAGUACUCUGGUGUACAACAGCAUGGGAACCAUCGACAACAACGCCCUGGAGAAACUACACUAUGUGACAGCAAUGACAGAGCACAUCAAGGUGAAGUCCAACCAGCGAGACGGGGAGGAAUCUUCAGAGUACCUGUGUUACUUUCCUUCCUUUGUGUGGACAGUCAGAGAUUUCACCCUGACCCUGGAGGUUGAUGGAAUACCCAUCACAGCCAAUGAGUACCUGGAGAACGCUCUUAAACUGAAAACAGGUCAUAGUAAGAAAGAUCAGGCAUACAACCUGCCUCGUAGCUGCCUGCGGAACUAUUUCACUCCUCGCUGGUGCUUUGUGUUUGAGAGGCCAGCCAACGGAAACAAAAUGAGACGUAUGGAGGAGCUGACCGAUGCUGACCUGGAGCCCUCCUUUGUGGAGCAAGCCAAGGAGUUCUGUGACCAUGUCUUCAAGGAGGCCAAGACCAAGACCCUGAAACAGGGCCUGAAAGUUACCGGCAGACUGCUGGGAAACCUGGCAGAGACCUAUGUGUCUGCCAUCCGGAGCGGGCAGAUCCCCUGCCUGGACAACGCUGUGUUGGCGCUGGCCCAGAUUGAGAACUCCAGUGCCAUCGAGAGGGCCAGGGCCCACUACCAGAAAGGCAUGGCUGACUGGGUGGCCUACCCCACAGAGACCCAAGAGGAGCUGUCUGAAGUACAUGCUGUCAUGGAGAAGGAGGCUGUGGCCAUAUUCAUCAACAGCUCCUUUAAAGACGAGGACCAGAAGUAUCAGUUGGAGCUCAUGAAAGUGCUUCAGGAGGAGUACCAGAAGAUCUGUGAGAGGAACUACAAGGAGUCCCAGAAGGCAUGCGAGUCCAAAAUCGAAUGCAUCUUUGCCCCUCUGGAGGAGCAAAUAAGGGAUGGAUCCUACAUGACCUCUGGAGGAUACAAAGAGUACUGCAACGACCUGAAACUGGCCACCAGCGAAUACAGAUCUGAGAAAGGCGGGGGUGUAAAGGCUGAAGAGGUACUGAAGGAGUACUUGGAAAGGAAGGCCAGCAUUGGUCAGGCCAUCCUGUCAGCAGACAAGUCCCUCAGUGAAGCUGAGCAGAGAGCAGAAGCGGAGAAAGCGAAAAUGGAGGCAUCUGAACGGGAGAAUCGCGCCAUGGAAGAGCAGCUGGAAGUCCAGGAGAAGUUGAGAGCGGACCACCAGAGGACCUAUGAGGAGAAUGUGAACCAGCUGAUGGAGAGGAUGAAGAGAGACAGUAGAAAUGCCGUCGCAGAGCACGAUAGAGUUCUGCAGGCCAGACUCAGGGAGCAGAAUGACCUUCUCCAGCAAGGGUUUGAUGACAGAGCACACCAAAUGCAAAGAGAGAUAGAUGCCCUUAAGGGUGCGAAGGCAGAAGAGGAACAGAAAAACCCCUCAUUUAUGAGCACAGCUCUGGAUACUGUUGGGACUGCAGCUACCUUGUUCCUUCCAGGAAUAAUUCCCAAAGUAGGAGGAAUGGCUGUGAAAUGGCUGUCAAAGUGGUUCUGAUGUUGGUGCAGGAGGAGGAUGAUGAGCUGUUAUUCUUAUAAACAUGUGGAUUGACUGAAUUGGUAUUUAUUGAUAGUUGAUUCAUUGAUUUAGGUUAAGUACUCAGUCAAGGUUUUAUUUGAUGUAUUUUUUUUUGUAAGUCAUUUUCAUAAAUAAUUUGCAUGCCUAAUCAUGAUGAAGUAAAGCUUUUAAAAAGCACGCUUAAAAAGGGUUUUG